AUGUCUGAUAUAAUUUCUGUUCAUUAUUAUUUCCAGUUUCUCAUAUUUAUCUAUAUUAUUCCUAUUUAUAUUACUAUUGAAAAUCAGAUAAAAAUUGUUUUUCUGAAUGGUUUAAAUGUAAUUCGUUGUUCAGAUAAUCAAAUACAAAUAUAUAAAUUAGAUUAUUAUUCUGGAUAUUUAAUUGAUAGUUUAGUAACAUGUGAUACGAAGGAUGAAAUUUAUUCUCAAAAAUAUACUGGUUUCAAAUGGGGUAAUCUAAAACUUAUUUGUUCCUUCGAUAACACAGAAGUGCAUGAAGAACAAGCUAUUUUAAGAUCCUUUGGGGACAAUUCUGUGUUUAUUAGUCAUGCUGAGGGUCAAUUAGAUCAAUCGAAAGAACUUUACAAGUUACAAAUCGAUCAUAACGGAGAAUCUAAGUAUGGAACAAUAAUAUCAAAUAAUCAAUCAGCAAAUGAUGCAUUCUUUAAUGAAAAUAAUGCAUUAAAGGACAGAAAAAUUUAUAUAUGGUUUCCAGAUGAUCCAAUUAUUUGUCGAGUAGCAUUUACUAGUGAUGAAGAUAAUCCAUGUCCUUCAAUGGAUGGUAUAGCAGUGAAAAAUGUUAAUUAUACAUGUUAUUAUAAUCCAGGUGCUGAUGAACUACCAACGAGAGAACAAAUGGAAGCUGAAUUGAAACAAAUAGAAGAAACAGAUGAAAGGCCCGAUACUGAUGCGUAUGUCUUAGAGUUAGAAGCACCAGUACGUAUAGAAUGUUAUUUUAUUAGUUUAAAAGUCUCAAUUCAUAGAAAUAAUUUAUCUGAUUCUCUAAAGAAUUAUUUAAUUAAAUAA